AUGAGUUUGUCACCACACAUAUCUCCAAGAAUUCAGUGCGACACCCCAAGGAGUAAUUACUUGACAGGAGAGUCCAAACACCUUUCUUCUGUAAUUCACAGACAACAGAAAGGGAAAAGACACUGUUCUGAGAGUGGUGUUGAUGGCUUGGACUUUUUUUGGAGUGGACUUUGUGAAACAACGAAUCCGAUAGACUUUUUGGGGAUUCGACAACUACUGGAGAGACAGAAGAAAGGGAUUUUUGACUCUUUUGGCGAUCAAGAGAACAUCUUGAGAGCGAAAGACUUUCGAACAGUGGUGUGGUGCUUGGACCCUGCACGACGAAAGUUGUUUAAAAAGUUAUGUGAUCAAGCCGUUGACUAUGAAGAGUGUUUUGAAGACGCCGUGCAAACGAUUUCAAUAAUAAGUUUUGGUGUGCAGUCAGAUAAGAAGUAUCCCGAUUUUGUUAAAAGCGUUAUAGAAGA